GGCGGGGCCAUGAAGCUGCGGCGGGGCGCGCUGCCGGCGGCGCUGGUGCUGCUGCCGCUGCUGGGAGCCGCGCGCGCCGUGGAGCCCAUCAGCCUGGGGCUCGCCAUCGCCGGCGCCGCCGCCUCGGCCUUCACCGGCUUCAUCUCCUACCCGCGCCUCUACUGCUACUUCAGGGAGUGCUGCCUGCAGCGCCACGACGCGCGCGCCGUCGCCGACCUUCAAGAGAGCUUAGACAGGAAGCUGUUCGGACAGCAUCUAGUGAACAAGGUGGUUGUAAAGGCUGUGAAGGGCUUCUUGAACAACACAAAUCCCAAAAAGCCUCUUGCUCUGUCCUUGCAUGGAUGGACUGGAACAGGCAAAAACUUCGUCAGUAAGAUAAUUGCUGAAAGCAUUUAUAAAAGAGGCCUGAAGAGUAAAUAUGUCCAUCAGUUUGUGGCUACGUUACAUUUUCCUCAUGCUGACAGCAUCAGUCUGUACAAGGACCAGUUGCAGUCAUGGAUUCGUGGAAAUGUGAGUGUCUGUCCCAGAUCACUCUUCAUAUUUGAUGAAAUGGAUAAAAUGCAUGCAGGACUCAUUGACUCCAUCAAACCAUUUUUGGACUACUAUGAGCUUCUUAAUGGAGUGUCUUACCGGAAAGCCAUCUUCAUAUUCCUCAGCAAUGCAGGAGCUGAAAAAAUAACAGAGGUGGCACUAGAUUUCUGGAGAAAAGGAAAGACAAGAGAAGAUAUACAGCUCAUAGAUAUACAAAACACACUAUCUGUUUCUGUCUUCAAUAACAAGAAUAGUGGGUUUUGGCACAGCACCUUGAUUGAUAGAAAUCUCAUUGACUACUUUGUACCCUUCCUGCCUCUGGAAUACAAACAUGUGAAAAUGUGUGUCAGGGUUGAAAUUGAAUCACGUGGCUAUGCUGUGGAUGAAGACAUUUUAACCAGAAUAGCUGAUGAGAUGACCUACUUCCCCAGAGAAGAGAGAAUUUAUUCAGAUAAAGGAUGUAAAACUGUGUAUGCCAAACUGGAUUAUUACUAUGACUUCUAAUACUUUAUUGCUGCAAUCUGCAAAUAAGGAAAUUAACUUAAUCACAAAGUGGAGAAACCGGGACAUUUCAUUUUUAAGCACUUUUUUUUUUUUUAAAGGAACAUUAUUUUUAACUGGUGUGUAAAUAAGUGGCAGUGCAUCUGCAUUUUUAUUCUGUCAGUAGUCACGGCUCCCAAGUACUCUGAUCUUGUGCUGUCAAGGUAAGAAAAAACUGUUUCAUGAAGGUGAGAGCUCUUUGUCUAUCAGUGCCCAAGACUUACCUCAAAUUACGUGUUGAUUAACUGUUUAGCAGUCCAUUGGCACAUAUAAUAAGACUGAGAUUAUGACCCCAUUUUAACUGUUUUUUGGCUUGAUGUGAGUGAUCUCUAGACAAUAUUGAGAAUCUUAAUCAGAGUCACUAUGUCUAUGAAAGGCUUCACUGGGCUUGUAUGGGAAUAUUCUUAUAACCACAUGAAGAGUAGAGUGUAUGUAUUUUCUCCUUGAACAGCUUUUCUCUGGUAAAGAUGGGGGGAAUUGUGCCAUUAAAAAGGCCAUGGUCUUCUGUCUAGCGUUAUGAAGUACCAUGGUCUUUCUCAAAACUGUGGUAUAUAUUGGCCUCCUUUGUGUAAACCAAGUUAAGAAUAUGAACUUCUCUUUGUGAAAAGCAUUCAAAAGGGAGAACUUUAAUAACAUCAAGUAGAAAGAGGAAGCAAGUCAAAGUCCUUGACUGCCACUUUGAGUUGGUUUCUAUUUCGGUUAUUUUCUUGUGGGUGAAAUUGUCCUCAGUGUGCUCCCCUAGGAAUGAUUUUUUUGGGUUGGAAGGAAAAAGUGUGCUGACUGCUGAUUUGCUUUCGUGAAAUGGGUGUAACUUGAUGAGAGACAUGCAUGUGUGGUAAAUCUCACACCAAGGAAUUGGAAAAGAGGUUUUUCCUCUUCAUCUAACUGUAAAACUAAAAGGUUAGCUUGCAGGGUUUUCCCUUAAUCCUGUUCUUGCAGUGCUAGGUGCCUUCAAGACAGGCAUGAAGACAGGUCCCAAGGCCUUUGUGGGGGGGGAGGGGGGGAAAGAGGGAAGGUGAAAUGUGUCAACUGAAAUUACUGCAAACAGUUUGUCAGACUUGUUUCUUAAUGUGAGCACUGCUGAGGCUUUUUUUUCAUUCCAGUUUCUAUUCAAAAUAAAUGUUUCUCACUGCUA